AGUAUUGUUAUGCCUUGUAGGCUAAGUGGCUACAAAAGGCAAGCAAACAAGAAGAACCCGACAAACACGUUCUUUGGAGCAUCUUAUUUUUGUUAUCCGCAUACGUCUGACAAGUGGACCGUUGGUAAACAUGUUCAGACAAGCAACAAUGAGGGUCAAAUGUAUAACUUAAUAUCACUUUUUGGUAUUUCACCCAUCCCUGGUGAAGAAGGUGGGGAAUGCAGGCGUUCCAGAUGUGCGCGUAACCUACGCCCACGCGCAAGGACGUGUGCAUGCAACGUCAUUGAAGGGAAAGCGGAGCAGAAGAGCGAAACAUGGCGACAUCAAACAAUCCGCGGAAAUUUAGCGAGAAAAUCGCUUUACAUAAUCAGAAGCAGGCAGAGGAGACCGCAGCAUUCGAGGAAGUGAUGAAAGAUUUGAGUAUUACCCGAGCAGCGAGGUUACAGUUACAGAAGACCCAGUAUUUACAGCUGGGACAAAACCGUGGGCAGUACUAUGGCGGAUCAUUGCCAAAUGUCAAUCAGAUUGGAAAUGGCACCAUUGACAUGCCUUUUCAGACUCCCUUUCAAGGUUCAGGUGACACUAGCAGGACAACACGGCAUCAUGGAUUGGUUGACAGAGUUUACCGGGACAGAAACCGCAUCACGUCCCCACAUGGAAGGCCCCUCGACAAACAUGGACGCCAAAUUGAUAGCUGUCCAUAUGGUUCAGUGUAUCUGUCACCCCCACCUGACACCAGUUGGAGGAGGACUAACUCGGACUCUGCGUUGCAUCAGAGCACUUUGAACCCACAGGACAUUUUCGUGGGAGGCUCACAGGACAUGCAGCCGAAACGAGUGCUUAUGCUUCAUGUACCAAGGCCAGAAGACACAGAAUCAGAUAUGGACAAAGACGAACAGAAACAGAACUGGGAUGGUAAAAAGAAUGCUUCAUCAAGGUCCAAGGUCCCAGGAAUCAAUAUAUUCCCGUCUCCGGAUCAGGAUCUGACUGCGACACUGAUGCCAUCAGCCCACGACACGGGCGGUGGCUCCCUGCCUGAUUUGACCAACAUCCAGUUCCCCCCUCCGCUGCCCACCCCCCUGGACCCCGAAGACUCCACCCUCAGCGCCUCCAACAGCACGGGAAACCUGGCCCCCAGCAACUCACACAGUUUCGGUUCCACCAGCCAAGGACAGACCACCUCCCAGCAAGGCAGGCAGGAUAACAUGGUCAACCAGGACUCCCACCAGCACCACUCCCUACAGCUCUCCCCCACCCUGUCGCCUCCGCUCACCCUCGCCCAGGCGGAGACCAUAGAUGCCAUGACUCUGGAAGCGCAGUUGUCCCAGUAUGCGUUCUUCAGCCAGUCCUCCUCUCAGCAGCAGCAACAGCAGCAGACCACUCAAGGACUGACCAGGCUGGUUCAGCUCCCCUCCCCUCUGAACACCUCCUCCAUCCAGACACAGAACUCCAUGGAUAUGAACUCGGGCUCUUUCCCCCAACAGUACCGCAGUAGGGCUGGGUCUUCAGCCAAUCAGUCUCCAACCUCUCCAGUCUCCAAUCAAGGCUUCUCACCUGGAGGCUCGCCUCAACACAACUCCAUAUUGGGCAGUGUAUUUGCAGACUUCUAUGACCAGCAACUGGCAUCCAGACAGACCAGUGCUCUCUCCCAACAGCUGGAGCAGUUCAACAUGAUCGACAGCAAUAGUCUGUACGGCCAGGGUUCAACCCUCAGCUACUCCCAAGCAGCGAUGAUGGGUUUGACGGGAAGCCACGGCAACCUGCAAGACUCCCAGCAGCUGGGCUACAGUAGCCAUGGCAACAUCCCCAACAUCAUUCUCACAGCCACAGGAGAGUCUCCACCCAGAUUGUCCAAGGGGUUGUCUUCUAGCUCUCUGUCAGCUGACAUCAGCUUCGAUGCGGACUCUCAGUUUCCCCUAGACGAGCUGAAGAUCGACCCGCUGACCCUAGACGGGCUGCACAUGCUCAAUGACCCUGACAUGGUCCUCACUGACCCUGCCACUGAAGACGCCUUUCGGAUUGACCGGCUGUAGAGCUGCUGCCAAAGUCACCGACUAUGUUGGUGAAACCCGGCCUGAGGUGUUGAGGGCUUGUGUCUGAGGGGAGAGGGCUACUAUUGGGGUGUGGGAGCCCAAGGCGAGGCCCCAGCUGUGAAGUGUGUUCAUCCCACCUCCCUUCACCAGCAGCCCCUUUCUAAGAGCUAUGGGAUAGUGUGGUAGUAGGGAAAUUAGUUUGUCAAGAAAUGGUCGACACAAUUUGCUUUCCCUCUUCAGAAUGGGAAAGAUUGAUGGCAACAUUGUCAUGUCUGGUGGAUAUUGAGCUUAUGGUCCUGCUGUGACUAGUUUGUGCUUACCAUUCUUCAUCCCUUAACUUUUUUCUUUUUUUUUACACAUGCAUCCUGCUGGCCUUUCUGUUGGAUGCUUUGGUUUUUGUAAAGAAGGAAAACAGUAGGGGCUACAACACUACAUUGCUCUUGCCUCCCAUUUGAAGACAUUAACUGAUUCAAAUCAUGUCUGUAGGGGAAACUGUUUAUCUUUCUCUCACCUGCCAUUAGCAUGUCUUAGCUCAUAUAAUCACUCAUCUGCUUUUCAGAACCGCCCUCUCAUGGUAAAUCUUGCCAGUCACAUUUCGGUCAAUGCCCUUAACCUCGCUGUCUAACUCACACUAGUUGUAUUUAUUGGUGCUCUGAUUUUUGCCCCGAAGUUGACCAGUAUUUUACUUUAGGUUCCCUUCCGAACUUGUCAUUUUAAUUUCAAUCCAUCAAUUUUGUACAACAUGUUUUAGUGCUGGUCAUCAUCUAAGAGGUUUACUUAGUUGAACAACUAGGAGUUAUAACCCUCCCCUUUAGCUUAUGAUUUUCCAGGGCAGCUGAAGUAAAACCUAAAUUCCAGUUUAACAAACCUUGAAAAAUCGCUCGGAAUCCUGUUUGUAGAUAUAAAAUAAAAAAAGGAUGUCAGCCUAGUGUCACUUUGGCAAUUUAUCCAUGAAAUGACAUUUCAGCUGUAAUAUGCCACCAAUGGUAGCUGGUUUUCACAGUGAACGAAUCACUGUGAGUGAUAAGAUUCUGCCUUAUAAGAGUACAUGAUAUGGAAGACUAUCAUCUCAACUCUCCUUUUAAAAAAUGCAGGUUGUUGUGCAACUUGUUUAGACUCUUAAGUAGUGAAGUGUAAACUUUUAUCAAGCAUCACCGUUUCUUUUCUGAUGGCCUGAAUCAAAUUUGCACUAGUGUGAGAAGAGGACCAAGUUGAGCACAACUCGGGGAGGUUUAUCACAACUUACGUUGUUCUCCACUGCUUUUCACUUGUUACCAUUUUGCUUUUCAUAUUUGAGGUGGUACUGUAUUUCACUUGUCAGCCAAAUAGAAAUGGACAGAAAGAGCCGAGGUAUCACAUUUCUGAUGCCCUUGUAGUUGUGCAUUAGAUGUUGUGCAUUAGAUGUUUUAUUUCAAAUAAUUGCUUGAUCACUCAGUAUGGGUACAUCUCCGUUGGGUGUAGUCAACAAGGAACUCCUAUGACACAACGUCUGUCAUAGACUACAGCGACCGCCAAUACGGGGGAACCCCUCUCCUUUAUAAGGCGCUGUCGCUCCCUCCUGCCUCACUUUUCAUUCUUCCUUACGAUGUCGUAAUACUGUUAAUAUACUCUCCUCAGCAUUGACUUGGACUACUGUUUCCUGCUGAACUGUUGAUAGGUGAACCCGUGUGGUUCGCGGUUGAGUGUAGGAAUCUAGCUUUUUGUCGUGUGUUUAGCUUUUUACCCGAAAGUAACAUUUCCUCUGUCUCUGGCUAGCUAGCGUCACACAGCUAGUUCUACCCUACCAGCGCACCUAGCUACCACUUCCUGCUGCUUAUUCCCAAUGAUGUGGAGGAAGGAAGAAACUUGGCUUGGUCCUGCUUCAGGUGAAUUUAACCCAGCUAGCUCACAAAGAAUGCACCUUCUCUUCAGCUAGCAGUGUGCUAGCACCAGCUAGGUUACUAACCCUUUGGGUGAAAACCAGCUUCCUAUGCCAGGACUAGCUAGCUACACAGCUAAGUGUCGGCGAGCACACGACUAGAGCUCUCUCUUGGCGUAGGCAGGAGGAAGGGAUGCUACCUAACUUUCCAGCGGCCUUGCUGACCAGGUUGACCGAUCUUGCCUAUAGGUACUGCGGUCUUGGGAGAUUCUCUAGCCUAUAGAGCAACGCUCAGCGUGCCACCCUAGGCUUGUAGCUCACUCCAACAGUGAGCUACACUCAACACUGGCUCUCUUUCCAGUGUGCUUGCAAUAGCUAGGCAACUAACCCACAAGGUGAACUCCAGCUAGCUACCGACAGGACUUCUAGCUACACAGCUAAGCAUCAGCAGCACACACACAGCCCCAGGGUUUUCCUGUCGAACGCUAGCUAGCUAAAGCCAGGACUAGCUCCAUAGCUAACGUCGGCCAGUACAUGCUCAGAGCUAGCUCCCUCUGCAAGCUCUUGCUACCUACACUGGGUAGCAUUAUUUCCCCCCGCUGGAUACACUGACCGGUCUUGCCUCUCGGUACUGCAGUCGUGGGAUAUUUUCAGCCUGUAGAGAGUCAACCUCUCAAGCUAACAGAGUGCUAACUACAGCUAGGCAUUUAGCCCACCGGGCUACUACUAGCUAGCUGAACUGUAAGUACUCCAUGGUCAGGCAGGCUUUGAGUAACAUGUAUAACCCGGCUGACAAAACAAUUUCUUCCGGAGUUAUGGCUACUGUAUUUUCUUGUACUGGGCGAACUAAGCCAUGCACUCAAAUUCCUGGAAUUACUAGCUAGUUAUUGCUAAAACUGACCGUUUACACCGCACAGUACUAUGGUCAAAAGAGGCUUUCCAGACCGAAGAGUAACACAGCUCUUCUCAGCUAGCAUGGUGCUAGCUAUAGCCAGAAGAGUAAGGCACUGGGUGAACACUGGCUAGCUAAUACCAAUUAUGAGAACCUCAUGGCUUAACGUCGUCUAGCAAACGAUUAACCCGGGUAACAUGCCCAGGCAGCUCUCGACCACCCUGAUUACUGCAAGUAUUGUAUGGCAUGAACCGAGAACCGGUCAAUGCUAGCUUAAGUUAUCCUACCAGCCAUCCCGACAAACACCAACUAGCUAGCUAACUACCGCCUGGAUAUUACUAGCCUAACCCUCAUACAUACUUAGUCUAGCACCCAGUUUCUUUGUACUUACUGUUUGAACUGGUCCCAAUUCUAUGAUCCGGUCCACAAGAUGGCAAAGACAGGCUAGCUGAUGCUAGUUGUAACCGGCACAAGUGCCCUCCAAGCUAAGCUCUCCCCUUGGUUCAGGUUCAAGCUGAGGCUGGGCGGGUAGAAUUCAGUCACCAACAAGCACUGUCCCCACCUGAUGCUUACAGCACCUCACCUCCAGAAAUAUAUUGCUCUUUGUCCCACUUGCCAAAGUGCCACAGAGCCUGUUUUUUUUUCUAUAAAUCAAAAUCAAAUCAAAAUUCGUCGCGCACACUCUCUUUUGCAAUGUUAUCGCAGUUGCAGCGAAAUGCUUAUGUUUCUAGCUCCAACAAUGCAGAAAUAUCUAGCAAUACAAUAACAAUGCACACAUAAUCCAAAAGUUAAAAGAAAUUAAGACCACAGAAUUAGCAUUAUCAGAACGAGCAAUGUCAAAGUUCAGAAUAUAAAUAAUCAUUCACAGGAAGAUGGGAAUGGACAUGGGGAUGAAAGGUAGUGGAAUGGUAGUGGUUGAGAGACAGAGGUAAUGAAUACACUGUACACUACUUUAACUGAUAGCACAAGUAGAGCAACAAGACUAUUAAAGGGAAGGAUGAAAAUGUAUAUGCUACCUGCACAUAUGACAAUACAGUUAUACACAAAGACAGCAUACAACAAUAGUAACAACUAACUAUUAAGAACAAUAUAUAGAUGUCACACAACUCACUUUGGGCACGCACAAAAUCCCACAAGUCCAGAGAUAUGAGUGAGUCCAGUUGUUGAUGGGCAGAGACAGACUGUUUCUCUCUGCCACUUGAGGGAGACUGCAAGUAUUGUGUGACCUGCAGUCAAGAGGAUAGGCAUAUAUCCGGCCCCCUAGUAACCUCCCUAGCAACCUAUCAGGGCAAAGGUCACACAGGUUAGAGAGGCAGGUUUAUGGUGUAGUUGUACCAUGGGGUGAUACAGCCUGACAGAAUGCGCUCAAUGGUGCAUCUGUAGAAGUUUGUGGGUAUCCGGGGCCAAGCCAAAUUUAUUCCGCCUCCUGAGGUUGGAGAGGCUCUGUUGCGUCUUCUUCACCAUGCUGUCGGUGUUAAGGGACCAUUUUAGUUCCUCAGUGAUGUGCACACAGAGGGACUUGAAGCUUUUGACCCUCUCCACUGCGACCCAGUUGAUGUGGGUGGGGGUGUGCUGUCUCAGCUGUCUAGUGAUGAGCAUAGAGGGCACUAUGCUGUGGAAGGCUGAGCUGUAGUCAGUGACCAGCAUUCUUACCUGCGUAUUCCUCUUGUUCAGGUGGGAUAGGGCGGUGUGCAAUGGCGAUUGUGUCGUUCGUGGAUCUGUUGGGGUGGGUCUAAGGUGAUUAUGAUCCUUAGAGUGACGCUCUUUAACGCUGCCAGUGGGGACGGCCUAGAGGCCAGCAGCAGAGAGAAACGGCACAGCUCACAUAUGUCUGGCCCUGCCCCCAUUUGGCAGAAGAUGAUUUCCUGCAUAACGAAGGAGGGGUGCCUCUGCUUUUCUAGUGCCCUAUCCUCUAUGCAGCAACCCAUCGUUUCGUACCCACGAGGAGGGAGGGGGCCCACUCAUUACUCAACAUGCAGUACCCGUAGGAAAGAGGGCCCCCAAACUCCUGUAACCCCCGCCAACUCGGCCCACGUGGCAGCCCGCUGGGUCCUGCAUCAAAAAGCCACGUGGGGAUGUUUAGAAGGGGACAACGGAUAAGCCAUAAGGAACUCGGGUCCCUGGCUACGCAGCCGACUGUCCAUACACAGGCGAAGCCCCAGAACCAGAGCAAGCCUGGAGGUUAACAAUCCUUCGAUGCAGUCACAGCAACAUUCCACCCUCCUAAAGCCCCCUGGUGGCCAGGAUGGCCAGUGACUCUAUUUUGUUCAAACCCAUGUAGACACACUAGAAGCUCCCUGCCCUACCCUCUCUCCAGUUCAGUGUAGACUUAUGUCCCCACCCUGUGGUAUGAGAGAAAUGCUACUACGUUUGUUCUACCCAUCUACUACACAGGAACUUGUCUUUGGCCUCGUUAACAGUGAGAUCCGCACCUCGCCCCCCGAGUGCUGCCCCAUUCAUAGCUCUCCCCACUAUGUUGUUCCAGCCAGGGCCAGAAGACGAUGUGUUCGCUCUCCCUCCAUACUGCUUAGGUCAGAAAGGAGCAGGACGGCAGUACACCAGUUGCCAUCAAGCGCCAUCCCCGUGCACUACCCCUCUUUUAUAACCUUUUUCUGUUACAUCCAGGCCCCUCGCUAACAGCACAGAGCUAAUUUAUUAUAAUGAAAGAGUUGACACCUCGUUUGCGCUGCUAGAGGGCAUCCUUGCCUCAGGCGAACGACGGUCUCGGCACCUAUAGCAUGCACCCCUACUGGCUGGGAAAGAUUGUUGCACAUGCACAGUCUCCCCCGGGUGAUGUACAGGGUUGCUUAGGAACGGCAGGCAUCAGCCCCGAUGUCUUCGCUUUUCGGUGGCUUUCGGGAAUUCGUCUCUAUUGCCACAUCCUUUUAUUAGAGCCAGGGAACAUGGUGUAUUUGCUUCUUGGUUUUUGAAAAAGGAGGAGGGGAGCAGGUGUUGUCGGACUAGGCCCCGGACAGCUAUCCUUUAAGCCUGCAGUGCUAUUCUGCCUCUUCCUUGUACUUUGCAUUUGAGCUACUACCUGCUUUGUUCUCCUUCAUAGGAAAACAAGCAAUAAGGAGGGUGCAGCAGAGGGGCUGCUCAGAUUAGGGAUGUGACAAAUUGGAGGGGAAAAAAUCAUACAGUUUAAAUGCCCAUUUUUUUGUGAUUGUCUGUUUAAAAACAAUAAGAAAAAAUGCAUACAUUCCAUGUGUAUUCACAAUGCAGCUGCGCAAUGGUUUGGGUCUCGAGGUGCGUCCCUUUCAGAUGGUUAAGCAUUGCACCUCUACUAACAUUGCUGUACCUCAAUACAUUGCUGUACCUCAAUUCCUCCUCCCAAAUGUUGAAUUUCCUUCUCAUUUAUCUUCUCAAGGUAUUGCCAUACAGGACUUGGUUGCUGUCGCUUGUCUUUCUGACAUUUUUCCAACUGUUGAUGGUGACGAUGAUGUAGUGGUGGAGAGUCGACUCUAGAAUGGUUGAUUCUAUGACUCCUUGAGUGUCGACUCCCAUUUCUGAGUGUCGAGAUUCGAUUCAGUAAUUUCUGGAACUGAGGAGACUGAUUAGUUGCUGUACUUCCGAGAACACAAACACUUGCAUCUUUCAUAGAGGGCUAGCGAGCGAUGGAGAGAGAGGGGACGGGUUAUAGUAGGCAGGUACGAAUCCCUUGGGCUGGUCACUAAAGUUCUCCAUCUACUUAGUUAACUGUCCUUCAACGUAAUUUCCAUCCUAUCCUACUAUAGAAGGAUUUGACUGCAUUGACGACUCGCAACUGCUAGGGCACAUUUGCCAUUUUCAUCUGGCAGACUGGUUCCCAGACUGUUAGAGACAGCAGGCACGCUUCACCAUUGCUGCUAGCUAAAGCCAUAGCACCGUUGUGCAUCAUGCACAUCCUACACCACUGACCCGGGCUGGCCUCCAUGACCUGCUGUUCGUUACAUUGGUGCUAGAUAUGGGAUGGUUACCAAGGCACCAUUUGAACACAACUUGCGUGUGUUUCCUAAGCUUAUGCCUCGGUGGCAGAUCGCCCUGCUCUGUUCCUCUGUAUUGCACUCUUAAAACCGAGACUGAUUCAGACGUCUAGCCUCCACACUGUUGGUAGGCCUGGCUGUCACCAGAUGGUAUACAUGGGUGCUGGAGCAAUAUGACGAGGGAAGCCUCCCUCUAGCAGUGCGCUAAGGAGGGAUUGUGAUACACGCACCAACAUCUCCAGCCCUAUGGCCCUGUUUUGGGCCCUGCCGUUCACUUGGGUUCCAGUACAGCAGCCGCAGGCAGGCGGACUUCGCCUACGACCAGUGACCAAACAGAUAGUCCCACCCUGGAACAUCUAGGGUGCUUGAGAGUAAUUUUCACAGCUGCUGGAAAGCGUGGAAAUUAGUUUUUCUCAUUUAAUACCGCUUUAAUUGGCCAUUUGUAUCCACAAAGCGGGUGAGUGAGCUGCACACACUGUCAGUUUCACCACUAGUGCUUGUUCCUUGCCCUGGGGUUAUCCACGGUUAUUUCAACAUAAAUCAUUUUUUUUGUGCUUAAAGAUUAGUAGGGCUUCUAUCACCUCUCUUUAGAGCCGUUGGCUUUUCACCCACCACUUAUUUCUCCAUGGAGGAAUAUUGUUUCCACUGCUUGUGCUCCACAUAUUUUGUGCUUCUACGUGGACAGGAUGAGAGCCUUGAAAGGACUUCCCUAAUGUAGGGAGACCCAUUUCUCGACCAGGCAUUUAUCCUUUGGAUAAGUGGAGGCUAUUAUAAGGCAUAUAAUAGCAAGGGGUGACUACCUCUGGAGGGCAUCAGAGCUCAUUCCACCAGAGGUGUGGCUGUGUCACAGGCAUGGUUUAAGAAGGUAUCUCUCUGUUCAGAGAUAUUUCUGGGAUAUUAUUCCUCCAUAAAUUUUACCGAUCUCACCGGCACGUGUGCUUCGAGUCAGCACAUCUGAGAGUUGAUUCUGUCUAGACUACCUGGAGAGUGUACGAGCCCUACAGGAGUUGGCUAAAUCCCAUACUGAGUGAUCGAACGAUUAUUUGAAAUAGAAUGUGAAGUUACUUAAUCCUGGUUUUAUGAUAAUGACUGUCACUUAGCUCGUUGCCCUUCACACAAGCUGCGUAUGGAAGAACGUAUACUUGUACAAGUAAUGCAGGAGGGGGCGUCAGCGCCUUAUAAUGGAGUGGAGUCUAUUGGCUGUCGCUCCUGUCUGUCUACGACAGAUGUUGUGUGAUAGGAGUUCCUUAUUGACUACGACCAAUGGAGACAUACCCAUACAUACGGAGUGACCUCACUCAUCUUAUCCUAGAACCGUGAUUACACUAAGUAACCUUACAUUUCGCUCCCUGGUAAUUGAUGUUUUGUUUAAAUGAGUUGUCUUUUUUGAAAUUGGAUUUUGCUUAUGGUAUCUAUGCAGAACAAAUUAAUUGAUUGAAGACAGAGUUAUUAGCAAUCUAAUAGGCAUAAGCAAGUACCUAAACUAAGUACCUACCAUGCUUAUUUGUACGGUACCAUUUUUAUAGCUUUUUCAGCAAAGAAAAUAAGCAUUUUGACAUGUUUCAUUCGCUACUUUUUGUUGAACAUUUUAGUUUGGGUCUUCCACUUCACAGAUGAGAAUGCAAAUGAUAUAUUCUGCAUGUUGGCUUUGGCAGAAACGGUAAAAAAGCAUGACAAAAGAGAAACUUGAGGAUUACGCUGCAUAUAUAAGAACAUUAACCCCUAUAUGUGACUCCCAUGGAUGUGUCUGAGGUUGAUUAUUUUUACUGCUGAAAGUUGAUGAUUUCAUGAUUCAACUGCCUCUAUUAGAACAGCAUGUCUGCCACCAGAAUGUAUUUCAUCACAUCGCCAUAGAGUACUAUCAUAAUCUCAACAUCUUCAUAUGAACCUCAGCAUCGACCACAUUGUUUUUGAUGACACCCUUACAUCAUACUCUAGGUGUUUCACUUCAAAAUCCAAGGGACGUGGCAUGCGAUUUGGAGUUUGGUUCAGUACUGUUAAUGUCUCUCUCAUAUUGAAUAUUUGUGUGUGUGUGUGUGUGUGUACUUGUCAAUCGUUUCCCACUCAUUGUCAUUGGAAAAGUCCAUCAGUUUGCCCACCAGCUUUUCUGGAUGUAUAGUGUCAGAAUUUCAGUGAUGUUGUAGAUGUCGGCUAUACAGUUUACCUGUUAGUAGUCAAUGUCAAGUGAGCUUUUCUUGUGAGUAAUUCCCUUUGGAUGUAGCCAUGACAUUAUCCAGAAUUUUUUUUUUUUUUGCACUUUACUUACAACUUUAGAACAUUGAACCCUGGUAUUUGUUUCACCCCCCUCUGAGUGACUGUUAUGUGCACUGGACUUGUUUUCCCCUGUAUUCGGUCAAACUUGCCUUCUUGUUAAAAAAAAAAAAGUAUUUUUGAAAAGCAUAUGUGUAUUGUCUAUAAAAGAGGUGAUUUUUAUAAACUUUGUAUUUUUGGAUAGAAAUUAGAUUUCUCACUGAGCAACAGAUACAGCUGGACAUGUUUUCAAGCUACAUAGCUUUGAGUAUAAUUCAUGCAGGGAGAAGUAAGCAUGAAAUAGGGAAGCCAUUGGUUGUACCACCAUUGAUGCAUCAAGGGGUGCUGUGGUAAAUCACACUUUAAUAUUACAAUUUGUCAUGGACAGGAGUAAGAACAGUCAUCUUGUUGUGCAAAGAGUAUACAAACAACCCCCAUUAUUAUCAUAGAAUAUACACUAUUUAACUGUGUAAUUUGCUAGCCACAGAACCAGGUGUGUAAAUUCACCUGAAAGAAAUACCACUUGUGGUGCGAUUAUGUCAAGAUGGGGUCACCUGUGGAGAAAUGAGGGAAUCCUUUCAAAGCCUGGUUUUGGUUUUCUUUUCUUUUUGCAGGACGUAACAUAUCAUUGUGCACAAUUUUCAGUGACCCGUUUUGGCUUGUGAGCACUACUUUCUAAACUACUGGCUGAAAUUAUACUAAACUUUUAUAACGCAUCUUUAAUGUGCAGCUCAUACAGUAGCAGAAAGCAUAAUGCAUUGUGAGUGCACACAAAUUAUGGUGACUUUGUGCUAUGUUGGAGUUUGUUAUUUGAAAGUUAACUAAAUGCUUGUCUCAUAUGUUGGUGAAUCCUCUUGUUCCAUCAUAUUUCACUAUGUUCACAGUUAAUACAUGCAGCAUCACCAUUUACCAUAGAUACAAGGGAGUUCCUUAAAUGAUCUGUUGAUUCAGUGUCAGCUGGUCAAGCAUGCAAAACAUUAUCGGUUAUAGAUCUGAAAAUGAGAACUGUUUUGAAUUCAAUGUCGUCUUCUGAUGUUUAGCACUUGGUUUUUGUUUUUGUGACACUUUACUUUUACAUACUUAUUUGUUUUCUUCCGCUCGCUCUAGUACUUAAACAACUUAAGCUAUUAAGACGAAACCAAUUUCCAAAUGUGAAGACUGCCCCAACUUAUAUUGCUUUUGAAAAUAUUUGUGAUAUUAUUUAUACCUGAAUUAAAUACAUUUGCAUAAAAUAAAUUGCCAACAGUAACUCUUAAACCAUUAAAGCUAGAGUUACUAAAUCAACUUUCACAUGUUCACGUGAUUUAUGGUUGAAGAGUUACUGUUGGUGAUUUAUUUUAUGCAAAUGUGUAUAUAUUCCAAUUCUUUAGGAACUUAGUUUAACUAACUAUAUACAAUUGCAUCAAAUAAAAUGCACACCACAUUUUCUUCAGGAAAUAUACUUUUCUAGUUUAGCUUGAUUUUUAUUUUUUGUUUUUUUUAAUGCAAAAUAUUAAUUGUAGACUAAGGAAGAAAAGUGGAAUAGACCUUUGUUUAAAUGUGGUUUAAUGUUAUGUUUUCCUUGUUUGGUAAAUUGUUUUUGUUUUUGAUUCGAACAGUGGCAAGGCCUCACACACAAACUGGAUUGUCAAUCCAAAAGCAACAGAUUUUUAUCAGCCUUUUAUGCACAUGUAGAUGCAAUUUGUUGGUACGUACUUAUACAUUUGAUCUUAUGAGCUAGAGAUGAUGCCCACUGAAGUCUAUUAUUUUUGUUGAGUGCGUAGACUGGCUGUUUAUAUUGCUUUUCGGUAUAAAUGUUUUUGUGAUAUGUCAAAAGUGAAAAUUGUUGUUAUAUGCACUGAGAGUAAUGUGCUGCACUAUGUCAUUGUGGCUCUGUUCUUCUGUUCUGUCUUUCUGACUUAGAAGUAUCGGUUAAUCUAAAGUUUUUCAGACUGAUCCAAACUCCAAAUUGCUCCCUGUGUUUUUACAAUCAGUUGUUGUCUUUUCUUUAAAACAAUGUUUUCUGUGUUUAUGUAGUAAAUCUGACUGAUUUGAUACGUCUAUUAUUACUGCCACCAUUUUUGCACUAAUAUUCAGCUAUUCUAAUGGUUUACACUCAAACGUUUACAGAAGCAACCGUUUACAAAGAAUGGAGCAAGUUUUGAUGUUUUUUUGUGUGUGUAGGUUCAUGUAAUUGAUAUAAAUAAGGAGGAAUUUGGGGAAUAUAAACUGGACCCUUGCCACCCACACAAGAUACUGUAAACCCAUUAGCUUCCCUUUUGACACCAGACAGGUAUUACAUAGCCAAACAUGGCCAUCUCAAAGUUUUAACUGUCUGGCAAUUGACAGCUUCCCUUAAGUCAUGGCUGUGACAAUGGAGCUGUCCAAUUCUGAAACUAACAGAGAUCCAGGCUAAAUAGUUGCAAAGGAUAGGGAAAAUAACAACUAUAUUUACCAGUUUUUAGAAGAUAUAAAGUUGUAUAUACUUCCAAUAAUAUAAAUAUAUAGAAAUGUGAUUUGUAUGUUCCCUUUUACAGAGAGUGAGUGUGUAAGUGAUGGCUAUGUGCUAAGUUGUUUUGAGUGAAUGGAAAAGUCAGCCGUUGCUUUCUCUCACAGGCUAUGAACCAGCGUUUCCCAAACUCCGUCUCCGGCACUUUUUUUUUUUUUCCCCUAGCACUACACAGCUGAUUAAAAUCAACUAAUCAUCCAGCUUUAAUUAUUUGAAUCAGCUGUGUAGUGCUACGGCAAAAAAAAAACGAAACGCUGCUGUAAGCCGUUAAAUGUGCGAGUUGCUAUUUUACCUUCAUUCCCCUGUGUUGUCAGAUGAGUUAUCAUACUAUUGUUGGUUUUUUACAACGGGUGAACCAUUAAGGAAACCGAAGUUCAUAAAUCAUCCCUUUAACUCUUGUUUAAUGUUCAAGUGAUGCACUUGUUUAGAGCACUUUUUCUGUCAUUUACUAAAAUGUGUUUCUGUCAAAGUUUUAGAGUUAAAUACUCCACUUUCCCACUGUAUCUCCAAGUUUUAGUUUUGUUAGAUUUGAGAAUUACAUCCAUUUAUAACAGUGCACUUGUCUAUGAAUUGUUUACAUUUAGAAAAGGAGAAUAUUUAUGAGGAAACCACAAUCUGCUUUAUCUUAACAGUUUGUUUCUUGCUGCAUAACCUACCGCGUAAAGAUUGACAUGUGACUGACUUUUCCUGCUUGAUACCUUGAAGUAACUCUGUGUUUAUCCUACAUUCAUUUAACGGUGGCGGACCGCUGCUGCUAAAUCGUUGACGACAAGGCAACAUUUUUUGCUUUUCGGGAUGGUAAUGUUUUAAGUGUAAACUUAAAUGACCAAAACCAGAUAGAAAGGUCAUGAGGCUAUAUAUUUUUAAAUUAGAUCAUCUUUGAAAACUAACACCAAAAUAAAAACUAGACAGUCAGGGAGAAUCUAAAAUUCCAAAAAUGGCAUGGGGCCCCCAUUCAUUUUGUUAUACUAUCUGAGUGACUCAUAUUAUAAGAACAUGGCAUAAGUCAUGGUAAAAUGUGUAGAAUUGCAGUAAAUUAGCUUUAAAGCGGCAAUUUUCUCUGUGGCCAAGUAGAGGGCCUUAAAAAACCCACCCACCUCCCCCGAUAAUGUUGCCACCGCUGCUGAAAAUAAUCCUAGCGGAAGCACUUAGAAACUCUUUCUCCAUGGUAAUGAAUGACAAAAUAACCCCUAAUGACUCAAAAAGGCUUGAUGUGAUAACUGACUUGCCUAGUUAAAUAAAAGUUUAAAAUGUGUGUGUGUAUAAUAUAUAUAUAUAUAAAUUUAACCAUGUGACUAAGACCUGCUCACCCAAAGCAUCUCCCGUAAGCUCUGACGAAGGCCGUGAGGCUGAUACCUAAAGCUUAUUAAAGAUCAGUGUUACUAUCAAGAGCAGUGUGUGGUUUCCUUUCUCCUUCAUCUCCAGUAGGAUAAAAUGCAGAUCUCAAUAUCAGAAUAUAAAUGUUUAAUUGGUUAGAGGCAAUACAUGUUGAAAGGGUAAACGAAUCAGACAGACCGUAAUUGUUUGAUCAUUCAAUAGUUCCCACAAAAAGACAUGUGCAUUUAAUGGGGGAUGACCCACUCUAGUGGUCCUUUCUUCAUACAACGGCAGCUAAAUUGUAAUAUAAUGUAUUUUCCUUUAGAGUACGAUUUACUUGAACGUUGCACAUGCAUUUGACUGCAAUGUCUGGAGACUACACCUUCUGUACUCACAGCAACAGGACACAGUUAUGCUCAUCAAAUAUGCAAAUCCUAGCAUUCAGCAGCAGUUUGGCAAUCCUGUACUUUUGUUGAGCUGGCCCUUUUUAAAAUGAAUGGAUCAACUCUUGUUCUCUAAAUUGUGCUUUUAUAUAAAAGGGAGAAAGCAGGCCAAAAAAAAUCAAGUUGGCUAUAUUAUGUGCUAAAUAACGGAUGUUAAGCUUCUACUCAAAUCGUACCUAAUGUAUUUUUCUUGUGUGAAGGCUUCUGUCUUAGUAUCUUCGCAUUACUAUUUGUAAAUGAAAUGACAUUAAAUAAAAAUCAAAGCAUAUCAAUGUGA